AUGAACAACCCCUGCGAUCUCGCCACACCUAAUUCCCAAUCAGUACCUGAAAAAACCGAAGAGCUUCAACCAUCAUGUGCCCCCAAAACCACCAACAAGAAGAGGAAGUCACCAGGAUUAACCACUCCUGUGAAGAAAUCCUCAAGGAAUAAUACGCCGAGGAAAAAAGUUUUGGGUGAUGGUGUUAAGGGGAGUACUUUGCCUAAUGUAUUUAGGAAAAUUGAUUUGCGGUUGGAGGCAAAAUUGUCAGCUGAGGAAAAUUCAAAGAUGUUUGCGGGACGGCAAAUACAUCCCUUCUUUUCAUCGUGGAAGGUGGAGAAGAAAUCUAGGGAUUCAGCUGGUUCAGAAGGCUGUUUGUCUGAUGCUAAGGGGGAGAGUAGAAGAACUAUCUGCGGUCCUAUUCAUGUAUUUGAAGAGAUUCGGGAUUAUACUUCAUCUCUUGACUGGAGUGGCUGGAAAUUUUCGGGAAAUACCACUGUUGUAGAUUGUGGUCCAGAAAGUUCAAAUUUAUCUGUUAUGGAGGGUUCUGUUGAACCCUUAAAUUUUGAUAACUUUCUUAGAGGUGUGAAACCCUCAAGCGCUUCAAUUUCUCAGAAUGCAGUGUCUUAUUCAGAUAAGCUAUCUACACUAUCAGAAAAUAUGAAGGAAAUGUCACCAGAAAACUCAGCUGUGCUAGCUAAUGACCAAACAACAUGCACUUUAAAGCCGGAAGAUGGCAUAGUGGACUUGGAGGUGAACGAUGACAGUACUGUAUCUGGGCAAGCAUGCAUUUUUGGAAAAUCAGAUGCCAAGCCACCGAGUAUGUUUCUUCGAGAAAGAAUGAACUCUUUCUGCCAUAGUUGUGAAGAUAAUGCUGAGAGCAGCUUAUGGAUACACAAGUACAAACCAACAAAAGCCUCGGAGGUAUGCGGUAAUAAUGAAUCCCUGAAAUUCUUGCGUGACUGGUUACAUCUUUGGCAUGAAAGACGUUAUCAAAACAGAAAGGGUUCCUCUAACAAGGAUCAUAUUGGCAUACCAAAUGUUGAUAGUGAGUAUAACUGUCCUGGUGAUAACCAUGCUUCAAAAGAUGAGGGUUCCCUGAAGAAUGUUCUUUUAAUUACAGGACCAGUUGGGAGUGGCAAGUCUGCAGCUGUAUAUGCUUGUGCGCGAGAGCAAGGGUUUGAAGUUUUAGAGCUCAAUGCAUCAGACUGGCGAAAUGGGGCUGCUGUCAAGCAGUAUUUUGGAGACGCUCUUGGAUCACACUGUGUCAAAGGGUUAGUGAAACAUUCUGUCAGUUUAGAGAAGAAAAGUAUGAAAUUGCUCCCAGCUCCAGCUUCACCUAAUGUGAAAGCAGCUGAAGAGAUGGCUGAUGAUGUGAUUGAAAUGAUAGCCAUAUCUGAUGAUGGAACUCAUAGUCCUGGUGGAACAUCUCAGAAGUUGCACGAUAUUAAUGAUGAACUUGCAUCUGAUACUGUCCAAACUUUAAUUCUAGUUGAGGAUGUUGACAUCCUUUUUCCUGAAGACCGUGGAUGUAUUGCUGCCAUACAACACAUUGCUGAGACAGCAAAAGGGCCAAUUAUACUGACCAGCAACAGUAAUAAUGCUAGCCUGCCAAUUAAUCUCUGUCGACAACGUGUUUCUUUCUCAUUGCCAUUGCCGGAUGAGUUGCUUCGCCAUUUGUUCAUGGUUUGUGGCACAGAAGAAGUUAACUUCAAUCCUCUUUUACUAGAGAAGUUUAUCCAGUCUUGUGACAGAGAUAUUCGUAAAACCAUUAUGCAUCUUCAGUUCUGGCUGCAGAAUAAAAAAUAUAGCACAGACAAGAAAGUGCAGACACUAUAUGGCUCACUUCCUUUUGAUCUUGAGGCUGGUCAUAAGAUACUACCAAAGAUGAUACCGUGGAGUUUUUCCUCUGAGUUAUCCAAACUAAUUGAUAAUGAAGUUUCCAAGUCAAUAAUCAUAGCAGAAAAUAACUCAAGAUGGGAAGGGUUAGUUAACGAAGAGCUUUGCAUAAAUGACGAGCAAAAUAGCUUAGAUGUGCAGUGUACAGGAACUGUUUAUUUAGAGCCCAAGAUAGAGGUCAUGAAGAGAAUUGAACCUAUUACAGACUGCAGUGAGUUUGAUAGUCAAUAUAGUGCUAUCACUGAGCUUAGUAAUUGUUCUGGUUCCCCAGUAACAUCCUCUUUGCAAAAGGACCAAGGUCAACUUUUUGUGAUGUCCUCUGUUGAUAUGGAUAAGGGUCCAAAUAAUAGGCAUUCUGUAAAUGUUCAUGACGAAGCUUACACGAGACAAACCCAUGAAGGCAACGCUGAAUCUUUCUUUAAGUUUCUAUUGAAUCAAAGCUAUGCCAACAUGUCUUUUUGCGAGCUGCUGCAUUCUAGUUUGGAAGAUUCAGAGGAGGAACAUUGUAAAUAUUUGGAAACAACUUAUGAUGCAUGCUUAAACAAAACACACAAAUCACCUGAUCUGUCCCGUUUUCCAGAACCAAGUUUUGUUUCCAAGACUGCAAAAUCUGAAGUAGUGUCUUCUGGGCAGCUUGCCUGUCCAGUAGAUGUUUCUCUGGAUAAUGAACUGAAACCAUUCUCUUUCAGGGUUUGUCAGAACUUGGCCGAAGUGCCUAAAGAUCCAGAUUUGUUGGUGAAUACUGAAAUUCCCAAAUCUUCUCCAAGAGCAACUUCACAAGAUCUUACUGAUGUGAACAUGGAAAUUACAUCUGCAUCUGUUUAUAACACGAUGGAUGAGUGCAGUCAAACUGAUUUAAAGUUGGAGUCAAAGUCUGUUGACUGUCCAUCUAUUGAGAUAGAUAUGGUGCAAAAUUCGUGGAGGAAACUUCGUGAUUGUCAAACAGAUUUAAAACAGCAUGCCACCUCAGAACAGAUAGGUGCUAUCGAAGUUGCUAAACUUGCUAGUGGGCUGAGCGAUCUAAUUUCAGAAGCUGACUUGUUGUUUCGUAAUCACCAGCAAAAACAGUGUGGUAUUAUGGAACCUCCAAUUUUCCUGGCUGAUGAUGCCACAUUUAGUUGGUAUGAUGAGCAAAUGAUGAUGUCAACUGUUGCUGAACAUGGUUUCUGCUUUUAUGCCAAGCAUAUAGUUGACGCGGGAUCCAAAUUCGGUUUUGAGAACAGGGUAGACGUAACUUCAGAGAUGUUGGCUUCUACUACAAAUAUUAUGGCUUUGGGGAAGUUGUCUAGACAGGACCACACCAAAACAAUGAGUAACUAUACUAAAGAGCUAUUAGAGGUGAACAACACAAGAAAUGAUAAAAAGAGCAGUAUGCAAUACAAUGAACGCAGACCAUCUCUGUUCAAUGUGAUCCGAUCCAUUGUUCCUAAAAGAUCAUCAUCUACAAUUAAAGGCAUUGCAUUCAACGAUGUUCUUUCUUCACUACGCCAAAUUUCAAUUUCAGAGGGUUUCCGCAUGUCACAAGGUGUUAAAAACAUGAGAAAAGGAAGGCGAAGUGCUCGACAUUAUUUGAGCAGAGGUAAAAUGAUGUUAUCUCCUGAGGAUAUAUCAUUGGUGUGUGAAGGUGACUUGUACAGAAAGAUAUACUCACAGUAUGCUGCUAACAUGGAAAAUAUAACAGUACAUGAUUGA